AUGAACGUACAGAUUGUGGAUUCGUUUCCAUAUCUCGGCUCCCAAAUACACUCGUCAGGCAGUAGUGACACUGAAAUUUCACGUCGAAUCAUCAUUGUCCGCGCGUGCAUGAGGUCCCUGGAUCGCGGUAUAUGGCACUCGGGCAUUUCGGUGACGACCAAGUUUGGUUGUAUAACGCAUUUCAUCCCCGUGCUGCUCUAUGGAUGCGAGGCGUGGUCAACUACUGGCGCUCAUUUAAAGAGGCUAUUUUCUAAUCUUAUAUUCUUGUAUCUUCUGGGCGUAGCCGUUUCUUUGAAUUCAAUGAAAUGGAAAAAUGUCUUGAUCCUGAAGAUAUGA